CCUCGUCUUCGUCUCCGCCUCCGACCAGCCGCGCGGCCGCGCCACCAGCUCGUCUCCUCCGAUGGCGACUGUGCCUGUUAACCCUAAGCCAUUCUUAAAUAACUUAACCGGGAAGCCUGUCAUCGUCAAGCUGAAGUGGGGGAUGGAGUACAAAGGAUAUCUUGUUUCAGUGGAUUCAUACAUGAAUCUGCAGCUUGCUAAUACUGAGGAAUACAUCGACGGGCAGUUCUCAGGAAAUUUGGGCGAGAUACUGAUAAGAUGCAACAAUGUUAUGUACCUCCGAGGUGUUCCAGAGGACACAGAGAUCGAAGAUGCAGAGUGAAGGAGUACAUGGACUGUUACUAGGUUGAUGCUUGUUGUGUGAUGCUGAAAAACACCACUGUAGUUUGUCUCCAUCUGCACAAGUGACUGUAUUAGCAAGCAUUGCGCCCAUGUUAACUCAAAUUCUGUAUCCUGAAUGAAUGGAUGAUUGACUGGCAUGUCUUAAAACGGCUGAUUGCUUA